CGCGUUUGGCACGAACAACACCUGACCAGAGUUCAAUCAGGGCGUUUCGCGCUUAAUUGCCAGCGAUUGAUCUACGCCUUUCUUUUUCCUUUUUCUUUGCACACCCAUCCACACCAGUUGCGGCAUAGAGAGAGUACUCGACAGUAAAUCAGUAACGACAGCAGGAGCAUUUUGAACAAAAUAUAUGAAAAAAAUAGCAUUCAAAUCCUCGUUAGCGUAUCGUAGCAGAAGGCAGCGAAAAGAAAACCAGGCAGAAAACCUACGCGAUAAAGGCAACGGGAGGUUUGUAGUCUGGCUUCUUUACCCGCUGUGGUCUCAUCCUGCACUCAGUGCCGUGUCAAAAGGUUAGUUCGCAGGUACCACCACGUACGAGUGGUCAAACGAGUGCCGUGUUGUAGUAAUUUACAGUGACCGCACCAGACCGUGUUCCGGACAGUGUUACCAGUUGUUGUUACUGCAGCUGCACACAGGUUAAACCAUGUGCUGCUGUUCGAAGCGAUAUUCCAACAACGCCAAAAAGCUAUGGGCCUUUGGCGGUGUGGUGGCCAUCUUUGCGGCGGCCGCCUUUUUCGGCUUCGGUCUGCCCGCCAUCAUCGAUGCCGUCGCGCUGACUGAGUUCCGCGUGAAGGAGGGUGCCCGCGUGUACGAGAACUUUUUCGACGGUGAGGUGCCGAUCUUCUUCGACAUCUAUCUGUUUCACUGGACCAACCCGGAGCAGAUCCGGGACCCGAACGUGCGGCCCAACUUUGUGCAGAUGGGACCGUACGUCUUUUCCGAGCGCCAUGAGCGUGGUAUGGUAUCGUUUAACGACAACGAUACAAUCACCUUCAACCAAAAACGCAUCUGGCACUACAUGCCCGAACUGUCGAAUGGUGAUUACUUCAACGAUCGUGUGACGACGCUGAAUCCAGUGCUGGCGACGGUCGGUAAAACGCUGGAAGGUGACCCUUUGCUGCCCCUGCUCGAUGGUAUCAUAAUGGCGAACGAUCUGGCCGAGUUUCUGUACAAGGAUGUGCCCGUACAUGAGAUGCUGUUCGAUGGACAUCCGGACAUGCUGCUAACGACGUUGCGCGAAUUGCUGGCCGCCCUGCCGCCCGGCACUGUACCCGACAUCAGCUUGCCCCCAUGGGAAGGGUUUGGAUGGUUCGUUGAGCGCAAUGAAAGUCUCACGUACGAUGGGACAUUCCAGAUGGGCACGGGGACGGAUAAUCACAUCAACACGGGCGUAAUGCGCCAGUGGAACAAUGCGCCCCAGGUGCCCAACUAUCGCGGAGUCUGCGGGCAGGUGCGCGGCUCGGCGGGUGAAGUGUGGCCACCGAUGGGACGCAAUCUGGGCGAUAACAUUCGGCCGCUUAAUCUCUUCCUGCCCGAUCUGUGCAGUGCGAUCACGUUGCGCCAUGAGCGCGAGUUUACGGUGCACGGGCUGGAUGGUGAGCUGUGGGUCGGCGAUGCACGAAACUUUGACAACGGACACACCAUACCGGAAACCGAGUGCCAGUGUACAUCGCCCAUCGACCAGUGUCCGUUCUAUCGGCCCGGUGUGCUCGACGUUUCGGAGUGCAAGUUCGGUGCGCCGCUGGUAGUAAGCUAUCCGCACUUCUACCUCGCCCAUCCCAGUUACCGGACGGCUGUGACAGGAAUGGAGCCGGACCGUGCCAAGCACGAGUUCCGCUUCGCAUUGCAUCCAUUCUCCGGCAUCCCAAUGGCCGCCAAUGGUCGCAUUCAGUACAAUAUGCAUCUCAGAGAUAAUGGCAUGGCGCUGUUCCGAGACGUGCCAGACGUUAUCAUUCCCGCAUUUUGGAUAGAGCAGCGCAUGGUACUUACCAAAGAUAUUGCCGAUGAUCUGAAGCUUAUCGAAGACCUUCGAUGGGGAUUCAUCUAUACUGCUUUCGCACUGUGCGGUGUGGCCGCUUUGCUGCUGGGACUGUCGCUCUACGCUGCCUUCUUCGUGUGGAAAGACUAAAACUUAAGCUAUAUAGUGUCGGAACGACAAACCUGACCGAGUGAUUCAUUAUAUAUUUGUUUUAUAUGCUUAUUCCUAUGGUUUUCUUUUUAACAAAUAAACUGAGCUGUGCUCAAGUUUUGGAUAGAUA